UUUUGAAACGUACGCGAAACAGAGCAAAACGUUCGCUGUCCGAACGUCAAACGCUUCGAAUUAAAACAGUUCGAGAUUGAAAAGAAAAAACCAAAACAAAAUCAAAUUUAUUGAUUAAUUGAAACAACAAGCAAUAUACAGUAUAACUGAAAAUGCACAGCAAACUUUUGGAUGAGUUCAACGAGAAUGGCUACAUAGUCAUAGAGGACUUUUUGAAGCCCGAUGAGGUUGACACAUUGUAUCAGGCAGGGCGGGCACUUUGCAUGGAUGCACCACAGUCGAACCGGAAAAUCUUUAGCACUAUCAAGGUGGAGGAUGCACACAGCAAGGAACUGUACUUCAUGGAGUCCGGCGAUAAGGUGCGCUACUUCUUUGAGCAGGGUGCCAUCGGCGAUGAGGGCCAGCUGGUUGUGGAUCCGAUGAUCGCACUCAACAAAGUUGGUCAUGCGCUGCAUGUGGAGCAUCCAACCUUCAAUGCGCUGACUUUUAGCAAUCGCGUGCGGGAGAUUUGCUGGCAGUUGAAUUUCAACCGCCCGGCCGUGUGCCAGAGCAUGUAUAUUUUUAAGAAUUCCGGAAUAGGCGGUGAGGUAACGCCACAUCAGGACUCUUGGUUUCUGCACACAGAACCCAACUCGGCAGUGGGCUUCUGGUUUGCGCUAGAAGACUGCACCCUGCAGAAUGGUUGCCUUCAGUUCAUAAAGGGCUCUCACAAGAGCGGCGUGCACCGUCGUUACCAGCGCAAUCCCGACGCAAAUGCUUCUGAGCUGAUGGUCUAUGAUCGCCCAGCGCCCAUCUACCCACAGUCCAGCUUUACGCCGCUCCAAGUGAGCAAGGGCACAUGUAUCGUCAUCCACGGCAAUGUGGUGCACAAGAGUGAGCCAAAUCGCUCCCAAAAGAGUCGACAUGCCUACACCUUUCACGUGAUUGAGACUGAAAAUAAUGUGAAGUAUUCAGAAGACAAUUGGUUGCAGCCACCGCAGGAUAAGCCAUUCCCUUUGCUGUUCGAGCGCAAGGCUUAAAAGGCAACAGGACUGGGAUCGUAUCACUGCUGAUUUUGGUAUUUUUGCUUAUAAGAAUGAGAGUGAAUUUUUUGAAUGAAAAUGAUAUCGCCAUAUGUUUUAAGUUGUACAUGUCGAAUAUUAUGAACUAUAAUAAAUAAAGACUUAUAU